CUGUAGUAAAAUUAGGUAGUAUUAUUAGAAGCAUUGUUAUUUUGUAUUAUUUUUAUUUAUUUCAACCGUAUAUGUAUAAUAAUUGUUAAUUUGGUAGUGAUCUCAGUGUGCGUGAAAAUCGAAAGAUUAUUCACACCUUGAUUAAUCAUUUCUGUCGUUAUAACUACGUCAGUCAGGUUUCGGGUGAGAUUAGUCGUCAACAAGUACUCGCGAAGUACACUAGUGAUCACUAUUCUUUUUUUAAAGUUCCUUAAUCCACAAUACACAACAUGUCUCUACAGGAGCAAUUCGACCAAGCUGCCGCUAACGUUAAGAAGCUGAAGUCCCUCCCCAGCGAUAAGGAUCUCCUGGAGUUGUAUGCCUUGUUCAAACAGGCCACAGUGGGAGAUGCGGACCCAGCCAACAAACCCGGAAUGUUAGAUCUCAAGGGCAAAGCGAAGUUCGAGGCGUGGACCUCGAAGAAGGGCACAUCAAAGGAGGACGCACAGAAGGCCUACAUCGCCAAAGUGGAGAGCCUCGUCUCCUCAAUCGGCCUCCAGUAAAUAGAUCUAAGUUCAUCGCAUAAUUGUCCGACAAAGCAAACGUGAAAUUACCAACAACUAAUUUACAACCUUAAUAUCUGAUCAACAAAGACAAAAAUUCACUGUGCUUGUCGAUGAUUAUAUAAAUUUAUUUUUUUAAUGAGCGGAACGCAGGGUGUUUCAGAUACAAUUGUCUUUGGUUGUGCUGCGUAUUUGUCAUAUGAGAGAUAGUAAUUCACGAUAUUUGACUUUCAAAUGUGAGGUUGUGUUAUCUAUGGCCUAGUUUGAUUCUGGAAUAGUCGAAUGUAUUCAAAUGAAUAACCGUCCGACUCAUUAAAAAUUGUCUAUUUAUUUAUGGUAUUAGGAUAUAUUAGUUAUUAUUAAGUAAAAAUCAUCACAAUUAUAAUGUAAGCAUAACUUUUGCUAUAUCGUUUUUGAACACAACUUUUGGUGCUCUUACAUAUUUUUAUUUAAUAUUUUGCAUUUGUUUUUGUUAUCAAGUUUUUUAUACAAUUACAUGAAAUAAAUCUGUUGGGAAAUGAAA